UCGUCGUCGUCGUCGUCCUCCUUGGGACUCCUGUUUUCGAAAUCGGGGAGCAGAUCCUCGAAGAAGACCUGUGCUAUAUGCCUCAGUUCCAUGAAGUCGGGCCACGGCCAUGCUCUCUUCACUGCAGAGUGCUCCCACACUUUCCACUUCAACUGCAUUUCCUCAAAUGUGAAGCAUGGCAACACCAUCUGCCCAGUCUGCAGGGCCAAGUGGAAAGAACUACCCUUCCAUGCUGCCCUGCCUACGGACCCUAAUCCUGGACGAGCUCGCAUAAACCCACUUAACUGGCCUCAGGAAGAUGGGGGCCAGAUGGCUGUCAUUCGCCGCCUUCCCCGCGUUGACUCUUCAAACCGCCCGCCGCCUCGCUUUCCUCUUUUCCACCCUUCAGAGCCCAGCAUAUUCAACGAUGAUGAACCCCUCCAUCAUUUACAGCCUGAAACAGAUAGCGGCCCUUCAAGUGGAGACUCUAAAAAUGUGGAGAUUAAGACUUACUCGGAAUUCCCCGCAGUUCAAGAAUCAUCAUCCCUGGAGGACUUUGCCGUCUUGAUUCAUCUUAAGGCUCCUCAUGCUAGUGAAGAAGCUAGUCACAGUCCGACUGUUGAAACCUCUCGUGCUCCUAUAGACCUUGUGACUGUUCUUGAUGUAAGCGGCAGUAUGGCAGGUACCAAGCUCGCGCUUCUAAAAAGGGCCAUGGGUUUUGUGAUCCAGAACCUUGGUCCCUCCGACCGGUUGUCGGUCAUCGCUUUCUCCUCCGCCGCCCGCAGGCUCUUCCACCUCCGCCGGAUGUCUGACUCUGGCAGGCACCAGGCCCUGCAAGCUGUCAACUCACUGGUGGCAGGAGGCGGCACCAACAUUGCUGAGGGGCUGAGGAAAAGCGUGAAAGUGAUCGAGGAGCGAGGGCAGAAGAAUCCGGUAUGCAGCAUUGUUCUUCUAUCUGACGGCCAAGAUACAUAUACCAUCUCCUCAAACGGGAGUGCAGACCGACCCAAUUACCAUUCUCUCGUCCCGCCCUCCAUCUCUCUUGGCCAAAGCCCUCAGAUACCAGUCCACACGUUUGGUUUCGGCAUGGACCACGAUUCAGCAGCCAUGCACUUCAUUGCUGAGGCCUCUGGUGGGACCUUCUCCUUUAUUGAGGCUGAGGGUGUGAUCCAGGAUGCGUUCGCGCAGUGCAUCGGCGGCCUUCUCAGUGUGGUGGUUCAAGAGAUGGAGGUGAGCAUUGAAUGCGUGCACAGUGGGGUGGUUCUCUCUUCCAUCAAAUCCGGCAGCUACACCAGUCAAGUGGCUGCCGAUGGACAGUUUGGAACGAUUAAGGUAGGCGACCUUUACGCGGACGAAGAGAGGGAUUUUCUGUUGACUGUUAACAUUCCUCCAGCUCGUGGGGAGACCAUUCUAUUGGAAGUCUGUUGUAGCUAUAAAGAUCCAUUGACAAAAGAGACUGUUGAGUCGGAAGUCGAACAAGUGACUAUUGAGAGGCCUAAGUCGGUUUCUUCUCAAAUUAUGUCGAUCGAAGUUGACCGGGAGAGGAACCGCAUCCAAGUCGCAGAGGCUAUGUCGGCCGCGAGGGCGGCGGCUGAGAGGGGGGCACUCAAUGAUGCAGUGGCGAUACUCCAGGAGCAGAGAAGGGUAUUGUCGGAGUCCCUGGCGGGACGGUCUGCUGACCGUUUCUGCUUGGGUCUGGACGCCGAGCUUAGGGAGAUGGGUGAGAGGAUGGCGAGCCGUCGGAGGUACGAGGAGUCCGGGCGGGCAUACAUGCUGUCAGGUCUGAGCUCGCAUUUGUGGCAGAGGGCGACGGCACGUGGGGACUCAACGGACAGCGGGAGCCUCGUCCACUCCUAUCAGACACCGUUGAUGGCUGACAUGCUGCAGCGCUCGCAGACCCUUGUCCCCUCGCCUAGGAGUGGGCCUGCGGCUCCAGCCAUCCGGCCAGUGCGGUCCUUCUCGUCGCAUUCACAACCAUGGUAAUGAAAUCCGGCAAUUUCCUGGUCGGCACAAGGAACCGUCGGAAAAAAAAAAAAAAAAUAAAAUAAAAUAAAAUACUAAGGCCUCAUUUGGGCUCCUGUUAUUUUCGUUUUUGUACUCAAGUUCUAUACUGUUGAAUGGGCCGGCGGCUGGUGGAUUGGUAGCAAGCUAACCAAACAACAAACAAAAAAACCCAUCCGUCGGCAUAUUCAAUCACACAAAGUUCGAGCUUGAGAAAACCAAAAAACAAAAAAAAAAAAAGGGUUUGAACUUGAGAAAACGAAAGAAAAAAGGAAAGCGCAGGCCGAAUGGGUCCUAAUGCUUUUACUUUCUCUUUCUUUCUCGGUUCUUUUUUUUGGCCUACCACCUUUUGCUUCUUUUACUUGUUCUGAUUGGGGUGUUGGUAUACUUGAGAUGUGACAAGGGCUAUGGAGAGGGACACACAUCUUGGUGGUAAAACUCCUGUGGGUAAAUGAAUAAAUCUGGAAAAGUAGAUAGGUAUAAUGGAAGUAGGGGAUGGGGGAGGGAAGAGUAUAUGAUAUAAAUAAAUGGUCUCAAAGGGCAAAGCAAUGUAUGUACUAGCCCUUUUCUCCCUUUAUUUUUCCAUUAUUAUUAUUAUUAUUAUUAUUAUUAUUUUUAAUCAUCUUCUUUGGGUCUAAUGUUGUACAUAAGAGAAGUGGGUGGUAUAAUUCUUGUUGGGGGGGGUGCACAUUCUCUCGGAUCAUAACUUGAUUUGUUUUAGGCUCUUCUCUUUGUACUCACUGUAGCUAACUUUGCUUGCCUUGUACUAGUUCUCUUGGAUCAUAAAUUAAUUAACUUUGCUUGCCUUGUACUAGUUCUCUUGGAUCAUAAAUUAAUUAUUGGCUGGGCCUUUUCCAUUA